UUCAUUUUUCUACAUAUAUAUCUAUUAACUGAUCAAUCAUGUCUGAUGCUGCUGCACCAGCCGCUCCCGCUCCCGCUGCUCCCAAAGCUAAAAAAGCAAAGAAGGUAAAGAAAACUUCGAGCCAUCCUCCCUACAGUGAUAUGAUUAAGGAAGCCAUUGUGAAGAGCGGAGAAAGAAAGGGUCUCUCUCGCCAGGCGAUCGUCAAAUACAUUGGUGCCAACUACAGCGUAUCUAUCCAAGAUAAUGUCGUCCUGAAACAAAUUAAAAUGGCGAUUAGGAGAGGUGUCGCCAACAAUACUCUGAAACAGCCGAGAGGAACUGGAGCUUCUGGUUCUUUUAAAGUUGCUGGUAAAAAAGAAGAGACCAAGAAGAAGAAGCCGACAACUUCUAAACCAAAAGUGAAGAAAGUUAAGCCAGCCGCUAAGAAAGGUGGCGCCAAGAAAGCAAAGAAAAGCACACCAAAGAAGGCAGCUAAGAAAACAGCCACGAAAACUAAAAGCCCAAAGAAAGCUAAGAAGACAACUGUUAAGAAACCCGCUGUUAAGAAAACCGCCGUUAAGAAAACCGCCCCCAAGAAGAAGCCUGUCAAGAAGGGUGCAGCCAAGAAAAAGUAAAUGAACUUUACAAAAAAAAAAGACUUUAUUACAGACUUGUAAAUAUCUAAUUGUAUAAAAUAAUUGUCAUCAAUGCUUCAACUCAUUCAUCAAACACCAUUUCCACAAUCGCCUCAUCAGCCCCAUCAUGAACUUUAUUAACAUUCAUACAUUUUUCAUCUGUAAAUAUUCAUUUGUCAUUAAUCGAGCGUGUUUUGGUUUGGUUUCUGAACUUUUCAAAUCGCUCUUCAAAGAUCUAUAUAUAUAUAUAUAAAACUUCAUUUAAGCUAAA